AUGUACUACAAUGCCCUUCAUGUUGUUCAAAUCUAUCAAGACCCAGUAGAAAUCACAUUUAAGGUUGUUCUAUCAGGAAAAAUUGCUGUUGGAAAUCGCUUCCGAAUCCCACAUAUUAAUACAAUCCUUCCUCCGCAUCACCUACAUCCCCUAUUUGACGAUAAAUUCUCACGCAAUGAAAUUAAUAUUAGCCUCUACCACUGUCCACCCUUUGUGGUUGAUAAGGAGCCCACAAGUGAUGAUAACAAUGGCACAUUAAACAUACGAAGAUUCGAUGGAGUUGAAUUUCUCUUGAUGGCCCACAUUACAAAGCACUGGAAGAGGAGAUUCUUCGUCCACCGCGACAUUCCUGGUCAACUAGAUCCAAAAAACUACAUUUAUCUGGACCUAAUAGAACGACAAGCAAAUAUAGGCCUUUGCGGUUUGUGGCUCAUUGAAGAACUCGUCAUUUACUUGGAAGUAUCUCAUCCCUAUGCUCAGCAAUGCAUCUCAUUACUUGUUCCACGACUUCCGGCAAUUCCACGUGGACACUACAUCUAUCUAGCCUUUGGGGAGAGACUCUGGCUCAUCUACAUCGCCCUUGUUAUCCUCAUUUCCCUCCUAAUCUACUUCUUUGUCUCUCACAACACAAACGACAGUAUUCCUUUUCAAUUUAAUCUUUUUACGGAAUCAGUAGUGCACGUUUUGGCGAUUGCUACACAACAUGGAAUAGCCCCAUUUCCAAGAAGACUCUCAGCUAAAGUUCUCAUCAUGACAUGGAUCUUCUUCAGCUUCCUCAUGGGAGCAAUCUAUUCAACUCGCUACACAUCCAUCCUAACCACGUCCUUGUUCCGUAAACCAAUCAACAGCAUUCGAGAAGUUAUGGACAGAAAAAUCAAAUGGGGCGAUCCGGGAGAUCAUUUAAAGGACGAACUACUCAAAUCUGGCCUACCGGACUACCUUGAAUUGGCUGAAUAUGCAAUUGAUCCAAAUGCAGAAGAAGCAGAAAAGCUCAUGAAGUCCAUCUACUACGCUCAAGCUAUUUCAGUUCUAACUUCCGAUUGGGCAGCUGGAACGGAGAAAUUUGAGAAUGUUUCAUCCCAAUAUCGCGUUAUGAAAAAUUGUAUUUACAAAUUCGACACCGUUUUUGCCUUCCAGAGCAACUCCCCGUACGCUGCGUACUUCAACAAGGAAAUCCCAAAAUAUGUAGAAGCAGGAUUCCUCCAACAUUGGCUAAAAUUGUACGAUGUUCACUACAAAAAAGACUUCAUUGCCACCUUUUUCCUUGAGACAAAAGAACUAAUGCGAGGACCUCAUACUCUAUCAGUUGAUAAUAUCGUCAUGGGAUUGUAUAUUCUGGCAAUUGGUCAAGCCAUUGCCACGGGGACUUACCAAUUCUCUUCUCUUCUGGAAUCAGCUGAAAAGAUCCGGCAUGAAGUCCAAAUUUCCAAGCAAUGA